AGUGAGGCGGCGGCUUUGACCGGCGGUAACCCGAAGCCGUGGAAACAUUUAUGUGAAACAAGUUCUUGACCACGAUGUCGACGUUGCUGCAGCGUCGACUGACUUCCCUCAUAGUCCCUCAUACUCGCUGUUAUCCUGGAAAAUACCCUCGUCCCAAACCGGGGACUUCAGAACGACCUCCAUAUCGAGCACCAGAUCCCCUCAUAGACAACCCAGCAGCGACCAUCACUUCACUUCCUGAAGACGACUUAACCUUCAUCCAUCGACCGCCUCCUACUUCACCUUCACCGUUAUCCUACACAACAAAUCCUGUAUCUCCACUUCUUCAGCCGAAGGCAUCAUCAACAAACGGCCCUCUUCCACCGCUCAUAAGACCAUCAGCAGACAAACCUCCUCUCCCUCGCGUCCCCGACGAAGUUGUAGCUAAAAUACGACAACUACGACUAUCAAAUCCAGAAAAAUAUACUCGAGGACGCCUUGCUAAGGAAUUCGGAGUUACGCAACACUUUGUUGCCUUAAUUGCUGCCACAAAAAAAUCGAAACGAAAGGAACUCGUUUCCCAGAGAGACGUGUUACACGCGGCGAGUAGAGCCAAAUGGAGUGAUAAGAAGAAGUUGGUUGAGGAUAUCAGGAAAAAACGGCGGACUUACUGGUAACCUUCGUGAGAUCUCACUAGACAUUUCGCAGUAUCCGAUGUUAGUCUCGUACACUACCCUAAUUGGAGGAUGAAAGCUCUGAGACUUGUGAUACUUCCGCUUCAAGAAAUAAUAGGACAUGCAUUGAUCCUCAUUGUCCCGAUCCUUAAUGGUGCCACUCGAAGAAUACCCCACUUGAAUCUUCCUUUUCGUAUUUGUUUUCACAUGCAAUAGACUUGCUGCGACUGAAC